UCUUAGGCAAGAAAAUGUUCAAUUUUGCAUGUGGUUCAGGGCAUGUGUCCUUACCUCCAAAUGGAAAUAUUGCCACUUCAAACUUUAAUGUGAACGUAGGAGUACCACAAUCACCAACUGUAAACAUGUCACAGAAUCCUUUAUCAUUUUUAUCUGUGCCUCCGCCUAAUUUAUUAGCCUCGCAACAUGUGUUUCCAUCAACGAUCAACACAAGUGCAUCUCCUGCGUUUUUCUCUUCCAAUAUGGCUGUGAGACCUAUUCAACCAUUUGUGAAUUCAUCUGGUACAAAUGUUCCUGAUUUUAAGAUUUUUCAAAAUCUUCCUCCAAAUCAAGGGCAAUCUGUUAACAUUUAUCCUAAUAAUAUGCAAAAUUUUGGGAAUGCAGGAUUUUCAGCCAGUAAUGGACAUGCCAUGUAUCCUGGAACCUUCUCUCAGCCUGGAAAUACUCUUAAUCAUAAUCAGAAUCCAAACAAUGAUAAUCGGCCACAGGCACAGCGUUUUAAUCCAUGGUCUCCUCCACCAUCAAAUAUUAGUAACUUUUCUGGAAAUGCUGUGCAAAACUGUCCAAAAUUUCAGUCAUCGAACAGAAAUAAUCGGUGGUCUGACCGAUCAAGGAACUCAUCCACCUCUGAAGUUUCACAGAAUGGGAAUAUUUCUUCAAAAUUUAAUGGCUCUAAACCAAAAGCUUCUGAUAUUAAUCCAUGGAUGAAACCUCCUACAUCAUUUGCAGAAAUUUCUUUUAAUAAUUAUGGAAAUGGCGCAAGCCAUGUGCAGAGUCAACCUCAAACUUCUGGAUAUAAUUCGAAAGAAAGUUCUUCCUGGAAAGUAAAUUCAAAUAGUAAUUUUAAAUUUUCUAAUCAUCAUGGAAAGCAGCAUCAAUCCAACUGGAAAUCUGGUAAUUUUUCGGGGAUGAAGAAUAAUCAAAAUAGUACAUCUUUCCAACAUUUUGGAAAUUCAUUCAAAAAUUUCCAUAAUAACAAAUUUCAAGGACGAAAGAAUAACAAUUUCAAGGUUAAAGAGGAUAAUGGUCCAAAUAAGCCCUAUGCCUGUGAUACUUGUGACAGAGCCUUUGCAGCUGAACAAGAACUCAAGUUGCAUCUUUCAGAGCAUAUAAAAUGCAAUGCUGGAAACUGUGAUUUUGAAGCCCAUCCUAAGAUUGUUGCUCUUCAUAAGAAAAUGCAACAUGAAACAGGGUAUGCCGAAGCUAUAAAUAAGUUGAAAGAUGCAGAAGAAAUUGCUAAAUGGAGAGCUGAACGGAAGCGGCGCUUCCCAACUGCAGAAAACAUUCGUAAACGCAAGGCUGAGCAGGCUGAGAAGGAAGCACGUGGGGAAGUAAUUGAAACUAAGGAUUUUGGGAAAAUGAAAAAACCAAGAUUGGAGAACAGAUUCAACAGAAGACAUAACAGAACUGACCGAAGAAAGAGGCAGUUUAACAAUACGAAUGUUCAUUUUAAAAAUGAAAGGCUUCUUUCUACUCCUAAAGCAACAUCAAAUGCUUCUUUGGAUUCAGACUCAGAUUCAGAUGAGGAUUCACACAUUAAGAUACGUCAGUUUCCUGGUCUAAUUUAUUUAAAAGAGAAUCCAGUAGUUCAGAAGCCAAAAGAAGUAGUUAUUAACAAUCCAGAGGAAAUCGAUUCUGGUAAACCAGUGCAAAAUGAAUUAUCAUCAGUAGCUGAUGAUAAUGAAGAAGAAAAAGUUUUUAAUUCAGAUGAUGAAGACCCAGUUGAAAUUCCUGUAGAUAAAAGUUCACCAGUAGUUGAUGUAUUUUCUGCAAAAGAAGAUUCAGAUGAUGAACCACCAUGUGAAAUACCUUCUGGAAAAUGUAUUGAAACAGUGCUGCUUGAAACCAAAGAAUCCGAUGUUCAUGAAAUCAAUGAUGAUUCAGAUGAUGAACCACCAUCUGAAUUGCCUUCUAGGAAAUGCAUUGAGACAGAGCUUCUUGAAAGUAAGGAAUCUAAUACUCAUGAAAUCAAUGAUGAUUCAGAAGGUGACUCUCCUAUUGAAAUGCCUGUAGCAAAAGUGCCAUUGAAUGAGAUUUCAAACUCUGAUGAUUUAAUUUCAAAAGACAAACCUUCUGGCAAACAUUCCAGGGAUAAUGCUGCAAGAUCCAACAGGAAAUUUGAUAGAAACCAAAAUAAAUACUCAAAUAGGCAAAAUGUAGUGGAUCAAACUCCAGUGCGUAAAAGUACACUGUUGGAGAAGCUCCUAGCUGAUGACAUCAGACAUGAAAGAAACAUCAUAAUGCAGUGUGUUCGCUACAUAGUGAAAAAUAAUUUUUUUGAUGAUUAACUUUUCGUUAUUUGGUAUUCUGAUUCAUUGCAAAAUUGAGAGAGGAGGGGAGAAAUCUACUAAAAGUGCUGCAUUAAAAUUUACCAGAGCUACGUACUGCAGGUCAUUGAGCUGAACUGAGAAUAUUACAGAUUUUCCCAGAAUAUAAAAUAUGUAAUAAAUUUUGAAUGAAUCAGUUUUUAACAUUUGUUAAAAAGUUGUUAUGUAUAGUUGUUUCCUUAUAAAUGUUUUGCUAAUAAAACAAUUAAAAACAAAA